AUGCACAAUGGCGCAGCAAUACCUCUCACGCAUGUUAAUCGUGCGAUAUCAAGAUGUUGGAUGAGGACAAUUACGUCCGAACAACUUGACUCGGGGGUUUUGGCCUCUAAGCCUUUGGUUGUCAUCGGGCCAUUGACAAGAGGCGCUAAUAGGAAGUUAAACUCCGGCAUAUUGACACGAGCAUUGGAUGUAGGUGUAACCUCCCAGAAACCAUCCGAAGAAUCGAAAGAAUCAUUUCCAGAUUGGGACAAUGUUCCUGGUUUGUUUUUGACAGCUUUGCCACUUCGGCACUUUUAUUGCCAAAGCAAGGAUUCGAACGACCGAAUUCUCACUACUGCUAUUGUUACACUCGAUGGUUAUACUGGAAGACUAACCUGGCUUGAUUUUAACGUCAUGCCUGACAUGCCAAAUAAAUUAUUCUUCUGCAGUUGUUGGUGCCUGGAAAGGGGCAGCAUCCCAGGUGUGCGCCAUGUGAGCAAUUGCAUGGUCUGA